CAGGACCCUGCAUUCACUGUAUCUGCUCUCUCCGGACCCUGCAUUCACUGUAUCUGCUCUCUCCGGACCCUGCAUUCACUAUAUCUGGUCUCCCAGGACCCUGCAUUCACUAUAUCUGGUCUCCCCGGACCCUGCAUUCACUGUAUCUGCUCUCUCCGGACCCUGCAUUCACUGUAUCUGCUCUCUCCGGACCCUGCAUUCACUAUAUCUGGUCUCCCAGGACCCUGCAUUCACUAUAUCUGGUCUCCCAGGACCCUGCAUUCACUAUAUCUGGUCUCCCAGGACCCUGCAUUCACUAUAUCUGGUCUCCCAGGACCCUGCAUUCACUAUAUCUGGUCUCCCAGACCCUGCAUUCACUAUAUCUGGUCUCCCCGGACCCUGCAUUCACUAUAUCUGGUCUCCCCGGACCCUGCAUUCACUAUAUCUGGUCUCCCCGGACCCUGCAUUCACUAUAUCCGGUCUCCCCGGACCCUGCAUUCACUAUAUCCGGUCUCCCCGGACCCUGCAUUCACUAUAUCCGGUCUCCCCGGACCCUGCAUUCACUAUAUCCGGUCUCCCCGGACCCUGCAUUCACUAUAUCCGGUCUCCCCGGACCCUGCAUUCACUAUAUCCGGUCUCCCCGGACCUUGCAUUCACUAUAUCCGGUCUCCCCGGACCCUGCAUUCACUAUAUCCGGUCUCCCCGGACCCUGCAUUCACUAUAUCUGGUCUCCCACAGUACACAGAACAUGAACGUGCAAUUAUUUUAGUAAAUAUAAACUGCUAAAUACCUUUUCUCAUCAGCAGUUUGAGCAAUCUUGUGA